AAAGGAGAAGUCUAUUUUCUCUUGCAAAGCUCUCAAUAAUAAUAAUAAUUUUAAUGAAAACCGAAUUAAAUUAAGUCUAUAUUAUUUCUUAAUUCCCUCGAGGUCGUUAUGGGAAAGGGUUUAUUGGAUAAAAGUGGAAACUAAUAUUGCUGCUGGUUUUCAGGCCUUAUGACCAAUUUACAUUUGCGAAGGCCUGGCAACCCUCAACACAGGAAAUGAUCUCACUGAGCGUCUCGUGAAGAACACAAAAAUAUGCCUAAAUUUUAUUGUGACUACUGUGAUACGUACCUUACACAUGACUCGCCAUCGGUGAGAAAGACUCACUGUAGUGGACGAAAGCAUAAAGAGAAUGUGAAAGACUACUACCAGAAAUGGAUGGAGGAGCAGGCACAGAGCCUCAUCGAUAAAACAACGGCUGCCUUCCAGUCCGGUAAGAUCCCUCCUACCCCAUUCCCUGGAGCCCCUCCCCCAGGCGGAGCCAUGCUCCCUCCUCCAAACAUCGGUGGCCCUCCACGCCCAGGCAUGCUACCAGUGCCCGGGCCCCCUAUGGGUGGACAUGGUCCUCAUAUGAUGCAAAUGAUGGGGCCCCCACCACAUGGAAUGAUGCCUGGAGGUAUGCGACCACCAAUGGGCCACAUGCAGAUGAUGCCUGGCCCACAUAUGAUGCGCCACCAUCGGCCAAUGAUGCUUAUCAGACCGGGUAUGAUUCGGCCGGACAGAUGAGACCCAAAAUCAAGAGGCGCUCCUGUGUUCUACACUGCCAUAUACAUGAUCUUUGGAGGACACUGCACCAAAUGCAUUGUUUUUUUUUUUUUAAAUGGCCACCUAUUGUCUCCACCUUAAAACCCAUUUGGUAGAGUUCCACAUCAUCUCUCUUUAUCGCCACCAAACCAUUUUGACAGGCUAUUUAUUGUGGUUUCACAUAACCAAAACUUCUGGGGUUUUUUUGUGUUUAGUGUAUAGGUCAUAUUUUUGUUUUGAUGCAUAGUUGUAUUGUUUACACAAGUAGGUUUCUGUUUCCCCCUGCUGCUCUAAUAAGAAUACAGCUGUGGAGGUUUAACGUGGCACCAGUUGCACAGAAGCACAUGCAUGUCAGAAAGAGCAGGUAUUAUUUUGUCACUGUUCUGAUGUAAAUGCCUCAUGUGAUUUGUUUUUCAAAGUAAAAUAUGAUUAUUUUUUGGGCCCACAGUCUUUUUAUUUUUGAAAGAAAUAAAAUGAGUAGACUUGA